AUGAAGGUCGAGGCCGAGGCGGAUCCGCGAGGCCUGGACGACGAGUGGCCGGUGGUGAUCACGCCGGAAUUCCUGGCCAACAUCAACCAGAGCAUCGGCGGAACGUCGUUCACAAGAUCGAGAAGUCGAUCGACGGAGGAGCCGCCAAAAGCCGAUGAGCCGCCCGGAAAUCAGUUGCAAAAGAGGAGGAAACGUUAGUUUUGAGAUUGCAAAUGAAUAUAUAUUCUUGUUGGACUCCAAAACAUGUUUACCGCGUCCUCGGGGACAAAAAUGUACUUUCUCAUAGUCAUGCCUCUCCGUCAUCACCUUCUCCUUUCUGAUUCUCACAUAAAAAGUGCACUUGUCCUUUUGUACCCCUAGGGAGACGCGUGUAAGUAUAGUGGAGUUUGUGUCUCUUCAUUCAAGGCCCGGUAUCUCGGCUGCCAGUGGAGUUAUCAAAAAGUGGUCAACUGAGGAAAUGUACAGAAUUGUUCGCUGAACAUUUUGUCAGUUGACCACUUUUCGAUAUCUCAAAAGACGGCUGAGAUACAGCAAUUCGAAUAAAACGUGUCUUAAAACAGUAUUGAGAAUGAUGUAAAACAUUGUUUUGCAGUGCGAGGAGAGGAUCCGACGACGGGCAGCAGAUCGCGUGACGAAAUCAUCAAUACGGUGUUGUCGAAACGCGAUCUUAUUCGUGGUAACUUUUACGCUUUUCAACAUUUCCACAUGGUGCAUCGUUUGCAGCGUGCAUCUGUCCGUACUGUCUGAAGAUUCACUCGCGGCGCGACAACUGUCGGGUGCACAUGAAAACUCAGCAUCAUGGACUGCCGCUUCGCGAUUUCAUCGUCGGCACCGACGCUUCGCUGGAAGACGUGCGCGCGAUCAAUAUUAUCGGAAAGUGUGAGUCGACAAUAUUUUGUUUGUUUGUUUGUUUGUUUCGCGUUAAACAUCCAGUAGUCGAUGAGUAUUUCACUAUUAUCCAUUUCUUCCUUGUUCACGACAAGACAUUGGAUCUCCUUCGCCCAUUUUCAUCGAAAAACCACUAGAGAUUUGGGCCAAAAAGAGGAGGGUGAGCCGGGUUUCCCCUGGGGACGGGCCGAAGAGCACACGCAGACGAGUGCGUAUGCUCCGCGCUCGUCACUGCCACGUCAUGGAUCGCGCCGUCUUUUCUCGGCGUCUCCCCCCCCCAAUCUUCUUCACAAAGAAUCCUGUGGACUUUCGAAGACCGCCCUGUUUUUCUUCUCCAAAAACUUUGAGCGCCUAGAGUGGCUUGGCUAUCAGUGUUGAGCGGAAUUCCGUCUUCCGUCUUCCGUUUUCCGUUUUCCGUCUUCCGUGGAUUUUUUUGUUCCGUCUUCCGUCUUCCGUAGAUUUUUUUGUUUCGUCUUCCGUCUUUCGUGGAUUUUUUUGUUCCGUCUUCCGUCUUCCGUCUUCCGGGAUUUUUUCUUCUUACCGUAAAAGAGUAAUAGCUUUUUAGAAGCUAUUUACUAGCCCCGAAGAACGCGAAUUUCCACGGGCAGUGAGCCAGAUCCAAAAUUUUUGUUGCUUUAGUUAUUUUUUCAAAAAAAAACCGGAGAAAGGUUCUGCAUAGACGAUUUUUUGUGCCGUCUUCCGUCUUCCGUGAGAAAAAUUUUCUUCCGUCUUCCGUCUUCCGUGUUCCGUCAGAAACAUGUUCUUCCGUCUUCCGUUUUCCGUUUCCCGGGAAAAAUGUUUUCUUCCGUCUUCCGUGAGAAAAAUUUUCUUCCGUCUUCCGUUUUCCGUGUUCCGUAAGAAAAAUGUUCUUCCGUCUUCCGCUUUCCGUGUUCUGUCAGAAAAAUUUUCUUCCGCCUUCCGUCUUCCGUGUUCCGUCAGAAACAUGUUCUUCCGUCUUCCGCUUUCCGUUUUCCGUCAGAAAAAUUUUCUUCCGUCUUCCGUCUUCCGUGUUCCGUCAGAAACAUGUUCUUCCGUCUUCCGUCUUCCGUGUUCCGUAAGAAAAUUGUUUACUUUUUGCUAUGUGUGAUUCAUCUCGAACAUGACCGGAUCCGGUGAUGGUCCUCUGGGGAGAAUGUAUCCGGUUGCCACGUCACACGGACCCAUCCAUCCAUCCAUCCAUCCAUCGCCUCCGAAAAGGAGCUUUUGCACGGAGGAGCACAAGAUUGAGCACACACACACACAAUGAGGCCCAUUUGAGUGGAGGGGGGGGGGGAGAAGAAAUGGAAGAAGAAGAAGAAGAAGAGGGCACAUUUUAUGAUGCGGUUCACUUCUUCUUCUUCUUCUUGCUCCCAUUCUCUCCGGAGCAUUUGAGGAGAAACGUGGAAAGUUUUCGGAAAAAUCCUAUCUUCUUCUUCUUCUUCUUCUUCUUGUCAAAGUGACGAGUAAUCCGAUCCAGGGGGGGGGACCAAGAAAGAGAGAGAGAGAGAGAGAGAGAGAGAGAGAGAGAGAGAGCACUUUCGCCUGGACACCCCACUAUGCGCCUAAUACUAAAACCAUGAGAACGAAAAUAUUGUCGCUCUCUCCUCUUUCGUUCGACGACACAAUCACCUUAUCAACUUUCGCUUUCCGUUUGUUUGAUCCACCAAACCGCAAAAAGGCAAUCCGUGCGUGGCAGACACGUCAAACGAUAUCAGUGUCAUCAUCGAUUAUCAUCCACUUUCACUCACUUUCACUUACUUUUUCCGAGACAGUCUUUUUUUUUUGCUACCGCUCGAACUGUAAUGCAUUCGUCUCUUUGAACAGUCAUAUCUCAGCUGUCGAUUGAGAUAUCAAAAAGUUGUCAACUAGUAAAAUGAUCGUCAAGAAAUGCUGUACAUUUUGUCAGUUGACCACUUUUUGAUAGCUCCACCGGCGGCGGAGAUACAGUAUCCUCAAUACAGUAACCUCUUGCCUCUUUCUUUUUUUUCGAAAAUCGGCGCCAUUCAAUUCAACAAAAAAAAGUGUCGGCUCUCACGAGAUCCUAUUAUUCAGCACCAUUUCUCUCUUCUUUGUGUAUCAUCUCCUUUAUCACAAUCCGUCUUCAAAGUCCUCUCUUCUUGCACGUUCCCACCAUUAUCAUAUUCGAAGCGAUCGGAGCGGAGCGGAGCGCAGAGAGAGAGAGAGAAAAGAGAGAAAAACUAUCCAUCCGUACGUAGCACACCUCGCUCGAGUCAUUCCUCCGCGCCCAUCAAUUCUUUUCAUCACCCAACCAUUACCCCCCGAUCGUCUUCGGGACACUCUUUUUUUGUUCGAAUCGCAACUGACAGUGAUAGCGGGACGUUUCGAAACCAGAGCUGACACAAUAUGGGCGUGGCCUCGGCGGCCAAAUGGCGUUUUCACGAAUUGAGCAGGGUUUUCUCUGAUUUUUGUGGUCAACGGCGAUGAAAAAUGAUUGUUCGACAUGAAAACACACUAAUUCUCACAGAAUUAAUGACGUUUUGGCGCUCAUUUUUCGCGGAUUUUGCUUUUUCGCCUUCGCCGCCAUAAACCGCACUUGUCAUUUUGCGCGUUCUUGACCGUUUCAGACAGAAUCGGUAUUGAGAAUGACAAAUCACAUAAAUAUAAGCAUUUUGAGCGCUCGAACAGCGAAAACUCCCGAAAAGCAACUGAAAUUCACGCAGUUUUAGCCAAAAACCUUCAAACGGAUACAUUUGAUUUACGACUUGACCAAAUUUAACGCUCUUGCGCUUAAAAAAUUCGUAAUAGCCUAUAAAAUUGGUCUAUCGAGAAAUAAAUAAGAAAUUAUCGGUUUUUCGUGGCUAAUCUGGCGAAAAACACAAAUUUUGCUGUUAAAAUUUGAAUUUCGCGUCAAAGUAUCGAUUUAUUGGGCGGGACGCACUUGCGCCCAUUCUCAGCUCUGGAGACCGUGGCAGAGACACGAAUAGUGAAGAGUUUCGAAAUUUCCGCGACUGAUCUUUUCCAGAUUAUUUUUCCGUUCCGCGAGGUGAUCCUACUCGUUGUCUUCUCGUAGUUAGGACUUUGGGAUCACUUGCAGUGAUCCGAUCGGUCUGAAACUUGGGCCCAUUAUACUUCAAUCCAAGUCCAAGAAGCCUGCAAAGUGUGGGCCCGAUCGGAUCUGUGCAAGUGCGCCAAAAGUCCAUAAAAUAUAGAAAUCCAAAUCGCACGUAGCGCUGAAGCUUGCUCCGCAAAAAAAGUUAUCACCUGCUCCAUUUCUGAUCCAAUUUUCUCGCUCAACUUUCCCCAUUUCUACUCCUUUCGAACGAAUCGCAUCCGAACCGCUCGCGUCCACCGUCGAAAAUGUUCAGAAUGUCGCACAUCAACCUGUACUCGCAGCCGACCGACGCGAAAAAUAUGAUCCGAUGCCGAUUUUGCGAGCGAGUCUAUAAAAUCGAUAACGGCUCGUCGGGCUUCAUCCGACACUUGCGCUGCAAACAUCCGGACGUUCUGUACAAAAUGGGCGGCGGCGGCGGCGGCGGUGGUGGCCGCUCGAUCGCAGAGAAUAUCGAUUUUUUGAAACGGCGACAGCCGAACGUUGGUGUUGGCGAGAAUAAUAAUGAGAAAGCGGUGAAAAAUGAGGAGGAGGAGGAGGAGGAAGAAGCGGCCGCCGACGAGCUUUGCGAAAUUUCGACCAACGAAAUUUUGGCGAAAUUUGUGAAUCAAAUGGCCUCACAAAACGAUGGUUAGUAAUAAUGGCUUAAUUAUUGAAAUUCACAAAAAACGUUCACUAUUUUUACUAUUUUUUGACAAAAAACAUCUCACUUUUGCAGUCCACACAAUCGCCCGUAACACUGUAAAACGGCCGCACACCUCGUCGUCAUCCUCGUCGCCGGCCGACGAAUUUUACAACAUGCGAAAUUCGAACGAGGAGCCCGAAUUGAAGGUGUUCAACCAGGGAACCACUACUCUGCAUCACCUCAUUUUUGGAUGUCAGUUUGAAACGUUUUCUUUUCCGGCAAAAAAGGACCUCCGAGCAGUUAAAGUUGUGGCCGAGAAAAAUCCUAGGCCAUUGGAUCUUUUUCCGGAUUUUUUUGCCGGCCACAACUUUAACUGCGCGCUGUUCCGGUUUUCCCCUGAAAUUGUCUUCAAAACACCAUUUUCAGUGUCAAAAAUGUUCUCCCCAUUUACAGUGAAUCCCCAAUUCCGUCAAAAUGGUGAAUUGCACUGCCUGAAUGGAUCCGGAGACGCGAGUACGUCGACGAACGGAAUGGAAAUGCCGAACUCGUCGAAAGAAUCACGGGAAGCGAGUCCGAACAGCAGUCUGCUCGGCGAAUUGAACGGUUAGUGAGCGAUUUUUGUGGAAAGUUUCUAAAAAUCUCUAAAAAUGUGCGCAUUUGCAGGCACGACAGACGCGUCGGACUCGUCGUCGAACAUGCCGCUGCUGCCGUUCGGCUGCGUCUUCUGCCCGUGUUCGUUCGAAAAGCUGAAAGAGUUGACGGGCCACGUGGCACAGUGUCAUCGGACCCGCUUCCGGUGCAAUCUGUGCAUGGCCGAAUUCGUGCAGGCCGCCCAUCUCGACAUCCACUACACGAUGGCUCAUCUCGUCGGAGCGGCUGCAACUACGACGGCGACUACUGGAAAUAACAAUAAUAAUAAUAAUAAUAUUAAUAAUCAUUAUCAUCAAAAUGGCGGUGUUAUGUGAAAAUUUGUGAUCGUUUGCGAAUUGUUUUGUGAUAACUUUAUUUCAUGGUGAAUUGUGCCAAUUCUUGUUCCGUUGCACUGAGUCACAGCGUGGACAUGAGACCAAAGGAGACUGCUGGCGCAUCUUGCACUCACUUGGCGCACUAUUGGAUUUUUUGGUUUCGCAAUUAAAAUCUUUUUCUCGUUUUUAUCUUUUAAAACAUGUCGAAACGCAAUUUUUCGUUAAAUAUUUGUUGCAAAAAACUCAAAUUUAAAUUUUCAGGACUCGUUGCGACAAUUUCUGCAGUUGGAAAGGCGCGAAGCUGGUGGAAAUUGCCGAGCGGCACGGAGUAGCGGUUAGAAUAAAAAAGAACAGUUAUUUUCUUCGCCGAUAAAUAAUUUCAGGUUUUCCCAAUCAUUUUAUCGGAUUGCGGCGGACACGCGAAUAGAAAAAAGCACUAUUCAACUGAAAACCAGGAAUCUCCAGCAAAAAAUUUUUAA